UUUUGUACAACAAACCAAUAUUUAUACCUGACUUUCAUCUCUGAUUUUAGUCUGUUCUUCGUUAUUUCAUUCUUUCAUCAUCAAAUUAAAAGUGUUCAGUUCAUAUAAAAGUAUAUUUAGUAUAUAGUUACUCUUCCAUAGAUCUAUAUACACUUUAUUGAAUUUAUAUUGAAAUAAACUGGCUUAAUAAUUAUUAAAAAUUUCUAAUAAGAAGUAUACGUAGGUAGAGCUAGAUACAUACAUAGAAUGAGAAAACCUUGUUCUGAAAAGCAAGACAAAAACAAAGGAGCUUGGUCCAUAGAAGAGGACCAGAAGCUUAUAGAUUACAUCAACCAACACGGCGAGGGUUGCUGGCGAACCCUUCCCAAGGCUGCAGGGUUGCUUCGAUGUGGAAAAAGCUGCCGACUGAGAUGGAUUAACUAUUUGCGUCCAGACCUUAAAAGAGGCAACUUUGCUGAAGAUGAAGAAGAUCUCAUCAUCAAACUCCAUGCACUCCUAGGCAACCGGUGGUCUCUAAUUGCUGGAAGAUUGCCUGGACGUACGGACAAUGAGAUAAAGAACUAUUGGAACUCUCAUCUAAGGAGAAAGCUCAUAAACAUGGGCAUUGAUCCCAACAAUCACCGCUUAAAAACAACUACUAAUACUACUUCUCCUCUUCUUUCCUUCCCACUAAAUUGUGCUAAUAAUAAUAAUAUGCGUACUACAACAACUACUUCAUCUGCCGCCCUCCCUAACAUUAGCCCUAAAAAUGAACGAGUUCCGGCAAAACCCCACGGCGAAGAUCAUUACGACAUAUCGGACACCGGAAGUUGCUUAUUGGAAGAUAAUAAUCAGGACUACUUCUCUACAUGUUCUGUUUAUCAUCAUCAGCGAUUAUUGCCUGAUUUAAACCUAGACCUUACAUUGAACAUGGGUUAUACUACUACUACUAUUAAUAAUAAUAAUAUCAAUAAUGAUGAUGAAUUACCUAAUACUAAUACAAAUACUAAUAAUAAUAAUAAUGGCAAUCAAUUAGGGAAAGAUUGCUUCGAAGUGCUGGACUCAUCAUCAGCUCCAACACUCCCUCUCUUCAUAUAAUUUAAAGUUAAUAUAUAAUAUGAUCGAGGCACACAUGCUAUCAUGUAAUAAUGCCAAAUGUAUAUAUAGUACUAUACUGUAGCUACUAUAUAUACUAUAUUUACUAUAACCAUUUGAAUGAUUGAUAAAGCGAAACCAUGUCCAUAUACAUAAAUUAAUUAUUUAUAGCAAAGAUAUUUUGCAUGCA